AUGGCCCGCUCUUGGAGGCCAUGGGUGGCUCCUCUGGGCCAUGGCACCCCUCCACCUCUUCCCCUUUCCACCUCAGGGGUGGACGCCACCUUUGUCCUCCUCAUUUUUGUCCUCGUCUCCACCCUCAUCGCAGCAGGGGCUGCCCUCGCCUGCUUCAUCAGACGUCGCAUCCAGCAGGCCCAGCUGAUGAAGGGGCCCAACAAGAUCAUCCUCACCAUGGAGGACCUGACCUUCAUCAACACCCAGAGCAACAAGCGGGUGGACGGCAGCCGCACGAGCCUGGCUGGCCGCAGUGGUGGGGACACCAAGAGCAUCCGAAGUGUGACCGCAGCCCCUGACACCACCAACGUGGCCAUCGCCGAGGGAGCCGAAACCCCGGGGGGCAACAGCCACCUCCCCCUCCUCCUCCUUUUGUUUAACCAACAGGGCCUUGUCGCCUCCGUGCAGGGCGACUGGGUCUGGCUCAAGAAGUUCCCCGGAGAUCAGCACAGUGAGGUGAAGCCAGCCACCAAGCUGGCCUUCUGCAAGCUGCGUGACCUGCGCCAUGAGAACGUCAACCUCUUCCUGGGCUUCUUCCACGACUGCGGCAUCUUUGCCAUCGUCUCGGAGCACUGCUCCCGGGGCAGCCUGGAGGACCUGCUGCGCAACGAGGACAUGAAGCUGGACUGGAUGUUCAAGUCUUCCCUCCUCAUCGACCUCAUCAAGGGCAUGCGGUACCUGCACCACCGCGACGUGGUCCACGGGCGCCUCAAGUCCCGUAACUGCGUGGUGGACGGGCGCUUCGUGCUGAAGGUCACCGACCAUGGCUACAACGAGCUGCUGGAGGCCCAGCGGGUGCACACCCCCACCCCAAAGGCACAGGAGCGACUGUGGACAGCGCCGGAGCUGCUGCGAGAUGCGGCGCUGGAGCGUCGCGGCUCCUUCCGGGGAGACAUCUACGGCAUCGGCAUCAUCAUGCAGGAGGUGAUCUGCCGCAGCGGCCCCUACUGCAUGCUGGGACUGCCUCCCGAAGAGAUCAUCGAGAAGGUGACACGGCCGCCCCCGCUGUGCCGCCCGGCGGUGUCGGCCGACCAGGCGCCACUGGAGUGCAUCCACCUGAUGAAGCAGUGCUGGAGCGAGCAGCCCGAGAGGCGGCCCACCAUCGACCAGAUCUUCGACCAG